AUGUCAGAAAACGCCAGCUCAGAACCCAACUUACGCUCCUCCACCAUAACCAGACAGGAGAGGCCCCUUCUCCUAGGUGUGUUCACUGGCCAGGGCGCUCAAUGGCCUGGCAUGAUAAUAUCGCUGAUCUUGGCGAUACCCCAUGUCCGCGACAUCGUGGUUGAGCUUGCCCACUCGCUUCAGACAUUGCCUGUUGGAUUCCUCGCUCAAGGACGAGGCCUCUAA